AUGAAGCUCCUGACAGCAGCUUUGCUUCUGCUGCUCAUUGCCAUGUGCUUGGCCAGCGCAGAGGGCGUAAAGUGCAAAUGUUCAAGGAAAGGCCCCAAAAUCAGAUUCUCAAACGUCCGGAAGCUGGAAGUCAAACCCAGGUACCCAUUCUGCGUGGAGGAGAUGAUUAUUGUGACCCUGUGGACGAGGGUGAGAGGGGAGCAGCAGCACUGCCUGAACCCCAAACGCCAGAACACGAUCAGGCUGCUUAAGUGGUACAGAGUAUGGAAAGAGAAAGGCAGGGUGUAUGAAGAAUAA